AUGCAUAGGGAGCAUGAUGAGCCGGUAUCACCGAACCUAGAUGCUAUGAUGAGCGGUCCAGAUCCGACGCUGGAAGAAAAGCAGUCGCCACGCCGCUCGUUCCGCGCGCGUGUGUCAGAUACCAUCCAGCGAGCUCGGGGCCGUUCGCCGAGUCCUGCUCCUGCGCAUACGGACCAGCCGCCUGCAUCGCCGGCGCCGUCGGUAUCGAGUCCCUCCAAGUUGCGCGGCAUGGGCAAGUUCAUACGCAAGUCCUUUGAGAUCGGACGCAGUCCAUCGCCGUCGCCCUCCCGCAACAGGGACGUGGUGUACAGCUACCAUGCGCCCGAAUACCAAAUGCCCGAUCUACCUGACUGGCAGUUGUACGAUGGAACGAGCGUGUCGGUGAAUCUCGACCAGCUGGCGGAGCGCCAGGAGAGUCUCGUGCCGCCGCCUACCGCUCCGUCGUCCCUAUCUCAGGCUCCUAUGGAGCAGCCCAUGUCAGCGCCCCCCUUGGUGACGUCUGCACCACCACCACCACCACCCGCCCCCAUGAUGCCCCCGCCGCCGAUGAUGGCGCCGCCCCAUGCGUUCCCCGUCAUGCCGCCGCGUUUCGACGGUCCUCCGCCUCCCGCCCCGAUGGGACCACCGCCCUCAGGCCCACCGAUGCGCAUGGAUCCAUCCGAUGCGCCCUUGUUUGGGCACACUGGACCACGCUCACGGUCUGCACGUACGAGUCUUUCUCCCGCAGCGCCCGUGCUGAUGGAGCCAAGUACGAGCCCUGAGCCGCCCGUGCCCCAGGUUCGAGAGCCCGGCGGCGACGAAGCUGACGGAAGUGACGAGGUCGAUGUCGUGAAUGCCUAUGCGGACGUGUCGGGCGGCAACACGACGGUCGCACCCGGCGACGACACGGUCAUUGAGCACGAGCCGCGUGGCGAUCUGCUUUUGCCCACGGCACCGUCGUGUGCAUCGAUAAGCCUCGACGGCAGUGAAGGAGACGAGCGAGACGGCCAGAGCAGCCCAGGCGACCCGUCUCGUCCUGCGUCUGCCGCACUGGAUGAAGAUCAGAAGCAGCAGCGCAUCCUGUCUGCCAUGGAGCGUGCGCCGCAGGGUGCAGGUUUGACAGACCUCAUGAACCGCGUGGUGAAUCCGCGGCACCAGAGCUGGCUACAGGGUCUGUGGUCCCGCAAGUCGUCGGGCGCGUCGGAGGCGUCCAAGCCGACGUCGGAGCGAUCUGCGUCUCAGGAUCAUGGCGACGACGGCGUCAUUUUCCGUGGUAUGGAUGCCAGCCCGUCGAUUUACAGCACAGAAUCCAUGGACCGUGCGAGUGACAUGUCGCCCCGUCCUGAGAGAGCGCCUAGUGUCACGACGCACCGCACUAGAUCCAUGCUGUCGCGCAAGAGCACGGCCACGUCCAAACACUCGCAUCAUACUUCGUCCACGCAAGCGUCUUCUCGUCCCAGUGAUGACGAGCGCGAGGCGUUCGAGCGACGUAGGGCUUCGAAUUUGGCUGCACGCGAGAUUCUCGAGCGCGAGUCGAAGCAGGGCAUGUCGGGCGAUUUCCGCACGCAGGUCCUUGGAUCGCCCCACCAGCCCACUACGCCCACGAUACAUACCCCCGACCCUGCUGCCGAGGCGCCGGCGCAGGACUGGUCGUCUGCAUGGCAUGUGCAUCCAGAGGCACGGCGCGACUACGACGAGGCCCAAGCCCAGGCGGAAGCCCAAGCGCAGGCCUAUGCGGAAUGGCAUGCGCAGCAGCAAGCCUAUGCUGCGUGGUACUCGCAGUGGCAGACAGAGGCGCCGUGGCAGGAGCAAGCGCCGUGGCAGACCGACGCGCCGUGGCAGGGAGAAGCGCAGUGGGGCGGCGAUCCAAACGCGCCGUGGCCCACGGAAACACCUUGGCCCGAGACGCGCGCGUCCAUGCCGCCUGUGCGUCGCAAGGCCGUGCCUGGCACGCAAGCCCCAUCAAAGCCCGAGCCCAUGCCACAGCCUGCUGCGCCGAGCCACGAGCGCAGCUCCAUGCCGCCCCCUCCCGACUCCAAGGUGCCGACGAUUCUCCCUGAUGUCGUGGACGACGAUGAGUCUGUGAUUGACGAGCAGGGCCGGCGACUGAAGCCUGACGGCUUCGGCGGUCUUCAGCCGGUCGAGAGCGGCGAGCCGGCGCCGCCGACGCCACCGGCCAGCCCGCCGAAGCCCGCGGCAGCGACUCGUGAUCCCAUGCCUACGCCGCAAGGCACGCCUCGUGCACCCCAAGUCGAGUCGAUGCGCGCCGACUUUCGGCCUGAGGACGGCCGACCACUCACGUCUCUGUCCGCGCGUGGCCUGUCGCCAGCGCUGUCACCGCACGCAUCGGCUGUGCCGCAGCGCGCAUCCAUGCCACCAGCGCCGUCCUCGUCGUCUGAUCGCGGUCCCUUCCACGUUGCGCCGGAGCUGUACACGACGCCGCAAAGUCUACAGAGCUCUGUACAGCGCAUGACAUGGACCCCGGAAAUGGCCGAGGCUGCUGCCAAGUACAUCCAGACGAUGACGUCAUCGGCCUCGCGGCACCAGCUGCAGGAGCUCAGUGUCUCUCAGUCCGGCGUCUGGCAGCCGCCUGUGCCAGGCGCGCCUGAGCCACUGCCGCCGGUGAAGGAUACCGAGGAGGCACCGGGCCUGCCGCCGUCCCUGUCGAUCGUCGACCAGCUGCACCGCAAGGGCAUGGACCUCGACAUCGACGCGGGCGUCGGUGCAGGCACCGACGACGACAUGCCCCUUCGCGACGCUCUGAAAGAAGCCAUGGUGCGCUUCUACUUUUAUGAACGGCACUCGAUACCACUUCUGCAUGAGCUCGACAAGCGCCUUGUGGCCAUGGAGCACUGGUCCAUGCUGGAUCCCGAGGCGGACGGAGACCAUGGCCAGCAGCCUGCAUGGAACAAGGACGCCGUGGCGCGCGUAUCGAGCGAAAUGCGCCGCGAAGUGCGCAUGCUCAUGCAUGGCGUCAAGAUGCUCAACGAGUCGCGCUUGAGCAUCCAGGCACUCGCACAGCAUGCGUCGACCGACCGCAAACGCAAGCGCCCCACCACGCCGUCCGAGCCACACAAGCGCUUGGUAUCCACGUCGACCUCGAGUCGCGUGUCGUCUGGCAGCCGCGUAUCCUCAGGCGCGACCGUCCACGUCGCCACGCCCACCGUGUCUCAAGUGCGCCGAUCCCUGCCCUCGCCUCCUGCGGCACAGGCAGACGGCGCAGACGAGACCGCGCCCAGUAUGUAUGGCGACGCGUCACAGAGCGCUAGCGACUCGAUCGUGCACCAUCCUCCUCUGCCUUCGCCUCCUGCCGCUCGCGAAGCCGAGGUCACGCCCCCGAUGCCAGAGCCUGAAGCUGAUGCCCCUCCCAAUGCCCCCGAGCCCGAUGCCCAGGCUCCUCGGCCCGACACGCACCCGCUCUCUGCGCCUAACGCCCCUCCCGCCCCCGCACCCACUCUUCACGCCGCCCCUACCAAGGCGCUCGAGUCGGCUUCCCGGGAAGACGAGGCGACGCCCCUUGCGCGUGCCAAGAGCCUGCAAGUGCCCAGCGCGCCUGUCGAGGCACGCCCCGUACGUGCACGGAGCCUGCUGCUAGCCUCGCUCCAGCGCGCCGACGAGCGAUCACGCACGCCACCACCAGCGCUGGCGCCGGCGCCAGCCGAAUCCCCUGCCCCUGCACCCACGCCCCCGCCGGCCGCGCGCCCACCCUUGGCGAACGUCGAGAACCACGCCCCGGCGCCGGCGAUGGCACCCACGAGCGGUCUUCGUGCGCGUGCCCAAAAGUACCUGCAAACGGUCGAAAAGACGUCGUCGGAUUCGCAUGCAUCAGGCCCGUCUCCUGCCGAUGCCUCCUCGGCCGCCGAGAAUCAGCCUCCCAAGCCGAUGUACCCGCCAUCGGCGCUGAGUGAAUCGCUGCGUCGCCGUAUGGCGCACUUUGAGUCGGCCAAGUAG